UAAUGCCACAAGGAGUUGCGCCCUCCCACUGGGGAGGAGACAUAUGAACGUCUUAUGAUCUCGCUGCUGUUGUUUCUGUAAAAGCAGCCUCAGUGCUUCAUUAAUCCGGAUCAACGAGUUUUCAGCAGUCACCUGUACUGAGAAAUGCAAAGCCCUCCCAAGCCUCAGUUUGCCAGCUGGCUCAUAGAGCAAGUGGAGACGGGACAGUACACAGGCCUGUGCUAUGUGGGCCAAAACAAGUUCAGAGUCCCGUGGAAACACAACUCAAGAAAGGACUGCAAUGAUAUGGACAGCAAAAUAUUCCGGGCAUGGGCAGUAGCAAGUGGGAAAAUCCAUGAGUUCCCCACUGACAAGGCCAGGUGGAAGACCAACUUCCGAUGCGCUCUGAACAACCUCGAAAAGCGCUUCAAGAUGAUAGAGGAUAACUCCAAGAAUUCUGACGACCCUCAUAAAGUCUAUGAGAUUAUUAACACUGAGAACAUUUAUGAAAGACUGCCAACACAAGACUCCCAGGAGGAUUCUGACAUCGCUCUAGAUAUCUACAGCUCUCCCACAGAGUUCCCCUCAGGAAAUGAGCACAAUCUGAUUAACGAUUUCAUGGCCUUGGAUCUUGUCAACCUUCCAUCAGAGGAGCAACCGUGGGCAGAGAAGCCCUAUUCAGCUGUUGUUGAAAGCUAUCAUGUAGCACCCGAGAACCAUCCACUGCUGUUACCAGAUCAGCCGUCUUACUACGUGGCAAAUCCUGAGCCGGUCCUCAACUCACCUCUGCAGCCAACCAUAUAUGACCUGGAGAUCUCCAUCCACUACAGAAAAAGAGAAAUGCUAAAGGGCACAUUCCACACUGCCCGUCUCCAGCUCCACUACCUCCAUGAGGCCCCUGAGCUCAACACCAAUCAUCUCUGCUUCCCCUCCACUGAUGAUCUAUUGGAUCACAAACAGAUUGAAUUCACCAACCGCAUCCUUAACAGCAUCCAGAGAGGUCUACUCCUGGAGGUACGGGAUACCGGUAUCUAUGCCUUGAGGCAGGACAGAUGUCAUGUGUUUGCCAGCACCAGUGACCCCAGUGUGGCUCACCCAGACCCAAGAAAGCUGCCCCAGAAUACCAUGGUGGAGCUCCUCAGUUUUGAGAAGUAUGUGAAUGAACUGAAACAGUUUAAAGACAACAAUGGGCGCUCUCCGGAAUACACCAUCAACAUGUGCUUUGGAGAGAAGUUUCCUGAUGGAAAACCUUUGGAGAAGAAGCUUAUCGUAGUCAAGGUGGUCCCUCUGAUCUGUCGACACUUUCAUGAGAUGGCCCAGAUGGAGGGGGCUUCAUCUCUUCACAGCGCCAACGUCAGCCUACAGAUCUCACACAACAGCCUCUAUGAUCUCAUCUACUCUGUCUUUGGUCUGCCAACAACUGAAGAGACAGCACGGGCUGCUGAACCUUUUCUCCACCAGAUUUGAAAUUUGAUCUCUCACUCAUCUCCGAUGGGUACUGUUUCAACUACCUAACUUCACCCCCCUGCUUUGCAUGAUCUAUUAUUCAUUUUAUGUUCACGUUAGUCAAAAACUGUAUGCAAAAGCUGUUAUUUUAUCACUACAUAAGUAAAAAUGGACUCCCCCACCAUUUGACUGUUAACGUUACUCAAAGGCCAAUGGCCUUGCCUUAGAAUAAACUGUUAUGGUUACUGUAAAUGUCAAAUUAUCUCUAAAUGAAAUGUAUAGUUUGAAUGAAAUUAUAUGUAUGUACCAAAUGAUGCCUAAAUCCAUGUAACAUGUAAAGGUUUUGCUUUUUCAUCACGAGUUUGUAAAAUGCAAAUGAAAGUAAAGUUAAAUAAGUUUUUACAUGUCA